AACAAACACGUUGCAAGAUCAGGCUCGUGUGGUUUAUUUAUUUUGUUUUGUUUUUUUGUUUGUUGGCGUUGUUGCCUUGUUCGCUGGGUGUAAACUUUGCACACACUAGAAAAGAGAGAGAGAGAGAGAGGGAGAGAGAGAGAGAGAGAGAGGGGGAAACCAUGAGUGAUCUGGAAGAGGACUUUGCCACAAUUCUGAUCCUGAAGGAAGAGCGGAUCCGGCAGCUGGAGGUGCGUUUAGCUGAGAAAGAGGAAGAGAUUCAGGAGCUGAAAAGGAAACUUCACAAAUGUCAGUCUGUGCUGCCCAGUACCCAAAUCACUGCCCCCCGGACCAGGAGAGCUCAGGGCAUCUCAGCCGAGCCCCAAACCUACCGCUCCUUCCAGGAUCUUACUCGCCAGUCCUUCCGAAGGUACACCAAGUCCGAAAGGUCUAAGGAAUUGAUCAAGGAAGCAAUACUGGACAAUGACUUCAUGAAAAAUCUUGAACUGUCACAGAUUCAAGAGAUCGUUGACUGCAUGUACCCAGUGGAGUUUGGCAAAGACAGCUGUAUCAUCAAAGAGGGUGAUGUGGGAUCCUUGGUAUAUGUUAUGGAAGAGGGUAAAGUUGAAGUGACCAAAGAAGAAGCAAAGCUAUGUACCAUGGGACCAGGAAAAGUAUUUGGGGAGCUUGCCAUUCUGUACAACUGUACCAGGACUGCUACGGUGAAAACUCUUACAAAUGUAAAACUGUGGGCUAUUGAUCGACAAUGUUUCCAGACAAUAAUGAUGAGGACAGGACUAAUCAAGCAUUCGGAGUAUAUGGACUUCCUAAAGAGCGUUCCAACAUUCCAAAACCUUUCAGAGGAAAUACUUAGCAAACUAGCUGAUGUCCUUGAAGAGACGCAUUAUGAAAAUGGAGAGUACAUAAUUAGACAGGGAGCUCGAGGAGACACUUUCUUCAUUAUUAGCAAAGGAAGGGUCAAUGUAACCCGGGAGGGUACAGCAAAUGAAGAAACAACCUUCCUUCGGACUUUAGAAAAGGGAGAUUGGUUUGGAGAAAAGGCUCUUCAGGGAGAAGAUGUGAGGACAGCCAAUGUUAUUGCAGCUGAAAUGGUGACCUGCCUUGUGAUUGACAGAGACUCAUUUAAACACCUGAUUGGAGGUCUAGAAGAUGUUUCCAACAAGGCCUAUGAAGAUGCUGAAGCUAAAGCUAAAUAUGAAGCUGAAUCCGCAUUCUUUGCCAACCUGAAACUAGCUGAUUUUAACAUCAUUGAUACUCUGGGAGUCGGAGGAUUUGGACGAGUUGAACUGGUCCAAAUGAAGAGUGAGGAAUCAAAAACAUUUGCUAUGAAGAUCCUGAAAAAACGUCAUAUAGUAGAUACAAGGCAACAGGAGCACAUACGAUCUGAAAAGCAAAUAAUGCAGGAGGCUCACUCAGACUUCAUUGUGAGACUAUAUAGAACAUUCAAGGACAGCAAAUAUUUAUAUAUGUUAAUGGAGGCCUGCCUCGGGGGAGAACUCUGGACGAUACUCAGGGACAGAGGUUCAUUUGAUGAUGCCACCACUCGCUUUUACACAGCCUGUGUAGUGGAAGCCUUUGCCUAUUUGCAUUCCAAAGGAAUUAUUUAUAGGGACCUCAAACCGGAAAAUCUAAUUCUUGAUCACAGGGGCUAUGCUAAAUUGGUGGAUUUUGGAUUUGCCAAGAAGAUUGGUUUUGGAAAGAAAACAUGGACUUUCUGUGGGACCCCAGAAUAUGUAGCUCCAGAAAUCAUCUUGAAUAAAGGACAUGACAUAUCAGCAGACUACUGGUCACUGGGAAUCCUUAUGUAUGAACUCCUGACUGGCAGCCCACCUUUCUCAGGUCCAGAUCCUAUGAAAACAUAUAACAUUAUACUACGUGGGAUUGAUAUGAUUGAAUUUCCAAAGAAAAUAACCAAAAACGCUGCUAACCUCAUCAAGAAACUAUGCAGGGACAAUCCAUCAGAAAGACUAGGAAACUUGAAAAAUGGAGUCAAGGAUAUUCAGAAGCACAAAUGGUUUGAAGGCUUUAACUGGGAAGGAUUAAGAAAAGGCACUUUAACACCUCCAAUAGUACCUAGUGUCACAUCUCCAACAGACACAAGCAACUUUGAUAGUUUCCCCGAAGAUAAUGAUGACCCACCUCCUGACGAUAACUCGGGAUGGGAUGCCGAUUUUUGAUCAGUUCCUUCAAACUGCUUCUGCCUUGCCGAGGACAGCAUCUUUGUAAAAAGGCUGCCCGUGAACUAAAAGAAUGAUGGGAAGAUUAGUGCUCUAGGUACCAUGAUGCCUUGACUGAUGCUGCUACACUAUUCACAGUGGCAUUAGGAUCUAUGCCGUUAGCAAAUUGCAGUGAUGAUCCUUGAAAGAUUAGCUUUGAAUCUAAAAUAGCAACUUAGGUGGUGGUCCUAGAGCAAAGCUGUUUUAUUAGCAGAGACCUAAGGCUUGCCUUCACUGAGGUGAAUAGUGCUAUUGCUCCAGAUACAAAUUGACAGAACAUGGGUUAAAAAAGGGUUAUUCAAAGCCAGUAAACUGUUUGAUAUUCUGAAUUUAGAAUUUUUUUCUAGACAAAUGUAGUUAUUUAUUCAGGGGACUAUUAUAGAUAGUUAUAGAAGUGAACUUGGGAUAUUCCCACCUGUUCAGUGGAAGAAUACAGGGCCUUGUGUAGCAGGCCAGUGUAUAUGUAACCAAGAGGACCAAUUAAUUAUUGGUCAACAACAUUUCAUGUCAAGUCAAUGCCAUCAUUUUUUAAAAAUUGUAUCCAUUAGUAGGCUGAAUGUUUGCUCUUUAUUUGGAUGGUAUGUGCAAAAUAGCAUCACAUAUAUAUUAAAAGCACAAAUGCUGAUGUGAUCAGGACCAUUAACUUGGAUUAAAAUUCUCUGUCUCUAUUUUCCAUUAAUCAUAUAUGCAUCUGAUCAAAAUGGGACUUGAUGGAAAAAUAGAUGGUUUCCUGUGUCCUAUUCCCUUUCUUUCUAUACUGUAAUUUUAUCUCUCUGUGUUGCAAUGUGAAACUAGCAAAAUUACUAUGGGUUCAAUAAGUUUCUUCUUUCCUAAGACAUCUGAAUAAAAAUAAUAUUUAUUUGUAUGUGCCACUGGAUUUAAAUUCUAGCUGAAAACUAUGGAUUAAAAUUAUAGUAAACAGUCGUUUACAAACCUUUCUGAAAACUGUACUUGAUAAUGUAUUGUUAUUUCAAACAGUAAUAGUUCUGUAUAAUGCUGUCAAACAAAUGUGUUAGUAAUAUUAAAAUAUUAUUUUCACAUUUCCUUGAAUAGAAUACAGGCCAUUUCUUCUGUUAAAAUUGAUUUAUUAUCUUCCUGCCUCCCUGAUGCAGUGAACUAUUUUGUUUGUUUACAGCUGCACCAGUGUAGGUUACAGUCUAUAUGAAGAGGGACUAAACAGAUUCUGAUUAAAGAAGUGUAUGUCUGGUCAAACUAUCUUUCCAGUAACAUGUUGCUGGGAUAAAAAUAAAUGUGCUUGAGUAUUCGCAUCUUCCAUCCUCCAUGACAGUACUAAUAAGAUGCUGCUUUGCAUUUGAUGUUCUCUUUUUAUUCAAGGAAACAAACUCAUUAGAAAAAACAUAAAAUUGGGACAAAUUAAAUGGACUUUACAGUGACAAUUCUACUUUACUGAGAUGCAUUUUAAGUUCAUUUUAGAAAUCACCUUAAAAUUUCUAAGCUGCAGUUUAUCCCUGCAAGUUUCCCUUUCCAACAGAAAUGAUGAAGACUGCUUAGCUGAAGUCCAUUGACAAUAGAACCAGUGGAAAUUCCUGAUAUUUGUUGCAGUAAGAAGAUUGAUUAUUUUGCCAGUAGCUUUUUUCAUAUUUCCAAAUACCACAAUAAUCAUUCCUGAUAAAUCUGCAACUUAAUUUGUUAGUGCUUAAUUUUUCUAAGUCUGUAGCAACCACGUAAUGUACUGAAGAAAGUGCCAGGAUCAUAUAGAUUAGUUCCUCUUUCUGGUUAUUUUUUAAGAACUGAAUAUAGAAAUAAUAGGGGUGGGGUGGUUACUAGUUGUCAAAGAAAAAAUUCUGGGUACAGUUUCUUGCUGAGUGGUAAUCGCACACUGUUGUACUGCAGUUCCGAAGGCUCUGUAGCUUUUGCACCUCUGGAUUUUCAAAUGUACUACAUACAUUUGUAUUUAAUAGGACCACAAGCUGCAUAGUACUGUAAAUAAGCAGAUGCGUUUUGGUGUUGAGAGCAACAUUUCUGUUUUUGCCGACUUCAUAUAUGGGCAUUGCUUCACCAGUUAAUUCAAAAGGACACAAAGUUGAGCAUUUUUUAGAAAGAACCAAACUUAAAUUUAUCAUCUAUAUUAUUUAACUUAUUAUUAAGCAAAAGGCUGAAGGUUGCUGCAUAAAAUGAUCAUUUCUUCCAUAGGUUAUUUACAUUGUUUGGCAGAGUUUCAAGUGCCUUAAAUACAUGGCAUCCAAAAAAAUUACAAAUUUGGUCAAAUGCUGCGCAACAAAAACAAACAAACCUCAAGGAUCCAGUCCUUCCUAGCUGGUUUCUUCAUAAAUUCUUUCUUUGUUAAGUUUCAAAGGCCUUUUUAUUAUUGCACGACUUGCAGAAAAUAUGUGGUACCCAUAAUUCUGUUCAAUUUAGGGAAACUGUGAAACUGUUGACGAAAUGCAUCAUUUCUGUGAAAUGUGUGCAGUGCAAAAAAAGUCACAAGACUUCUUAUUGUUGCUUUACAUGGCUUUCUUGUAUAUGCAAAUCCUUCUUAUAUUGAUUCACUUGUGUUAGAAAUAUUAGGAUAAAGUUUCUCCUUAAGGUCAUCAAUUGCAAUAAUGAUUGACACAAAUUGAAAUCUUUCAGGACAACAGUAAAACUACUAGAGACUCUUGUCAGACUACUCUGCUUCUUAAGAUUGAUUUAAUGUAGCUGAUACCCACUUUAAAAUCUCUUGUAUUCCCUGUCUCUAUUUAACAAAACGUUUACUAUCAACUGUUAAACUCACUGAAUAUUUAUAAAUUUAUAAAGUAUUUGUUUCAAAUGUUUCCAAUUUAAGCUUUGUUCUAGGUAUGUCAGCAUGGCAAUUUUGUCAAAAUGUAAACUUUGUCAUCAAAUGCUGUUCACAGGCUUGUUGCACUUCUUUGGUCAAAGAUUUUUAACUUUUACAAGUUUAAUUGUCCUUGAUUUGUCCUGUAUUUCCCUGCAGCUGUCAAUGCAGAGUGCCUGGUAUAUACUUUCUAGAGCUGAAAUAAAGAUGAUUACUUUUGAAUUA